AUGCUACUCCUGCCUCUCCUCGCCGCUCCGGCGCUUCGCCUCUUCGUCUCCAAGUCGCUCAGCAUAUCUGAGCGGUCAGCAGCGACGACUGCACUGCGCGAGGCGGCUGGAGACGGCCGCCCGCUCCGUGCCGUCCAGUUUGACUCGCCUCGCCGCUCCCUCCUCAUCAGCGGCGAGGAUGACGAGGACGAGACGCUCCGACACCACAUCGUAGCGGCGCUCGAUGCUGUCGCGCACGAGCCGCAUCCGCCGUCGCCGGUCUUUGUCGCAGUGACCACCGAGCCGCAGACGGCAGAGGGAGCCGCCGACGCCGUCGAGAGGGCAGUGCAUGCCGACAUCGAGGCGUUCGGGCUUCGCGAGCCUCUCCGGCGGCGGCCAAGCCCCGGCUGGGCUCUCUCUGACGUCACUCCGGCGCUGCAUGCGGUGCUCGUCGGAGCGCUGCAUGCGGUGCUCGACGGCGCGGCUGUCGGCGGGCGGUGGGACGUGUCGAGCCUGGUGGCGUUGGACGGCCUCGUCGACGAGAAGCUGCGGGCCGGCCUCCUCUCGCUCCUGCACGGCCCUUCCUGGCCGCCGGAGAAUGGCGCCGACCCAGACUACUCCUGGCAGCCACGGCUCUGCGCCGACCCAGACUACUGGUGCGAUGGCUCCUUCUCAGACACCCUGUCCGGCGGGCCGGCGAGCAGCGGCGUCGGCUUGCGGCCGGCACGGCUGGCCGCGCUAGAAGCGGAACACGGACUCUUGCUGGCCGCGCUCUGCGCGGAGGGGCGAGACACGCCACCGGCGGUGGCGGAGCUGGAGGCGCGAGUCGGGGCAUACUUGCGCGCCGUCGACGCCGCGAGUGGAGGAGGCGGCGUCGACGUCUGCCGCAUGCCGGAGGCGGCUUUUGGCCCAGAGGUGACGCCUCUCGCGGCGAACGCGCCGGUGUCGUCCGAUGGCGAGGCGGCGUACGGCUGGCACAUCGACGCUGACCCGGCGCUGCUUCCACCUUCGCCGUGGACAGACUGCUUCGGCCGCUACCCCAACCGGUCGCCUGGCAAGCCGCGCUUCGUGACAGCGCUCGUCUACCUCUCUCCCGAGUGGCGGCGUGCGAUCGAGCGGCUCGUGGUUUCGAACCACCUCUCCCUGAGCGCCGAUGAGCCCGAGGAGCUCGAGGCGCAGGAGAGGGGCGAGCUCGAGGCGCAGGAGAGGGGCGUGCCGGCCGACUUUGGCGCCUCCUUCGCCGCCAGCGCCCACUUUGUCGCCGAGGCGGGCGGCGAGGUGGUCGCGUCGGCGGGCGUGGCGCGUGCGGAGGGGGGCGAGGGGCGGCGAGCGUGCCGGCUGUACGAGAGCCUCGGCUUCGCCCUCGAGCGGCGCGAAGCCGCGCGGCGCCUGCCGCGGCCGAUGACGGUGCUAUGGUAUCGGAAGGAGGGCGUGGCUCAGCCGGCGGAUGGAGAGGCCUCCGCCUCCUCCCGCCGCGCCGAGGCGGACGCGCUGUACAAGGCGCUGCGCAAGCGGACUGCGGCGCGGCUUGCGUCGAGCCGAGGCGAGGACGAGCGAGCGCGAGCUGCGGGGUGGAUGGAGCGGCUGCUCGAGGACCCGUCCGAGCGGAUCCGGAGGUACGCCAUCGCGGCCCUCCCCAAGCUAGGGGGCGGCGAGGCGGCGGAGGAGGCGCUGCUGGCGCUGCUGGAGCGCACGGAGAGCGCGCGAGAGAGGAAGCACCUCCUCGCGGCGCUCGACAAGGGGCUGCGCGUGCACCUCCGCUGCCGCGCCGGCCUCGAGGGUCUGCUGGCGGAGGAGGCGGGGGACCUCUUCCGCGUGGUGCGGGUGAGGCGCGGCGGGCUGGUUGCUGCGGCUAGGAGGGCGUGGCGGCUGGAGGAGGCGUACCGCCUCCGCCGCUUCGACACGCUGGGCUUCGAGGUCGGGCGGGGCGGCGGCGGGACGGGCCAGCAUUACGCGGGAGUGCACCCGCCGCUGGCGGCGGCGAUGGCGCGGCUGGCUGGAGAGGGCGCGGCGGAGGGGCGCACGAUGCUGAUCGAGGCGGCGAUCGCCCGCCCCGCGGCUGUCCGCACGCUAGUCGGGACCGACGUGGCGCCCGCCGCCGUCAGCCUGGCGGCCGCCAACGUCGCGGAGGCGCGGCGGCGCAAGCUGCUAGCCGAUCGCGUCGGCGCGACCCGAGGGGCGGACUCCUGCUGCGCCGUCCUCAGAGAGGUCGACUUUCGCGAGGGCGUCGAGCGGAUACCGGAGCUCGCGCCGGGCGGCGUCUCCCUCGUCGUCUCCAACCCGCCGUUUGGGCAGCGCGUCAAGGUGCGGGACCUGCGCGCGCUCUACACGGACCUCUUCGCGGCGUCCGCAGCGGUGCUUCGCGGCGGCGGCAGGCUCGUGCUGAUCAACCCGCGCCGCGUCGCGCCCGAGGGGCUCGCCGCAGAGGCACUCUCGCUCGAGUCGCGCCGCACCGUCGAGCUGGGCCUCCGGCGCGCCGGCAGCGUGGAGGUGUGGCGCAGGCGAGACCGCGCGUAGCUCCGUAGGACGACACUUCCGACGUGUUCUGAAAAGCUGAGAGUCUUAUUUUUGCGCUAGACGGAGUGUGCAAGGCGCAAGAAUUCUUUUUCAGAGCGCCUU